AUGGGGCUCAUUGAUGGUGUCAUGACGAUGCUCGGCUGGGGCUCAACGCAGAUCGAACCCCAGCGCGUGCCCACCGACGAUGUCUUGCCCAUGCACCAUUUUGAUGACAACUCGAUAAAUCAGUCCAUCAUACUCGCGUGGACUUUGCGCUUCAAUGACGUUCUUGACGCUGACAAGCUCCACGAUGGAUUGGCACGGCUGCUAGAGAUUGGCGACUGGCGAAAGCUUGGAGGAAGAAUUAGAAAGGGGCCCAACAACAAGCUCGAGAUUCACGUUCCCUCAGAAUUUACAUCAGACAGGCCUGCAGUGCGGUUCACCAAGGAGAGCUUUGGUGUCUCAUUCGCCGAGCAUCCACUUGCAUCACAAAUGCCCAAUGCGACGAGUGACAUCCACAUCCACGGCAGCCCUGAGCGGUUCCGGGAGUUCCUUGGAUCCGCGGACACGACACCUAGCGACAUUGAUGGUUACUUGUACAGCGAUACGCCUCAGCUCGGCCUGCAUGUCGUGACCUUCCUAGAUGCGACCUUAGUCUCGCUCAACUGGCCGCACACCAUGACAGAUGGCCUGGGCAGACUGGCGAUCAUCAAGAACUGGUGCAAGGUUCUCGCCGGGAAGGAGGACCAAGUGGCUCCUCUCAUGGGCACGCGCGAGGAUCCCAUGGCGACUGUAGGAACCGGCCCGCUACAUGAGAAGGAGGAGACGUAUGCCCUCAAGGACAAGAAUCUCAGCGGCCUCAGCAUGGCGAGCUUUGUUGCGCACUUCAUCUGGGACAAGUUCUGGGUCCCCGAGCACGAGCUAAAGGUGAUCUUCCUUCCGGCAAAGACCAUGGCGAUUCUAAGGCAGCAAGCAGCAGACGACCUGUCAGCGACGAACGCCAACGGACAGGGCACAACUGUGAGCAACGGGACAGCCGCAACAGCAACGCCAUUCGUCAGCGAUGGCGACAUCCUGACAGCCUGGCUGACCCAGAUAACUUUCCGGGCGUCCGGGCCCUCAAGCCGCCCCGUCGCCUUCAACAACGUCUUCGAGCUGCGCAGCCGCCUCCCAGACGUCUUCGAUCCUUCCGCCGCCUACGUGAGCAACUUUGCCCGCUCAGCGCAGACCCAACUGACCGCAGACGAGGCACGCUUCUUGCCGCUGGGCCAGCUCGCCCUGCGGUAUCGCCAGUCACUCGCGAGCCAGACCACCGAGGGCCAAAUCAGAGGCUUGAUACGUUUCACUCGCGAGCUCGGGAACAGCCCGGUCUUGCCGAUCCAGCCCACCAGCAUCAUGCUGACCUGCAGUAACUGGACCAAGGCCAAGUUCUUCGACGCCGUCGACUUUGCCCCCGCCGUCGUCAAGCCAGGCCCAAAGAGCGACGUCGCCCCCGUUCCUGGGAAGCCGGUGUACUUCCACGCCAUAAGCACCAAGCAGGACCCGCCCAUGCUGAGGAAUGUGUACAACGUGCUGGGCAAGGACUGCGCGGGCAAUUACUGGGUAACAGCGAAGCUGCCGCCCGUGGUCUGGCAGAACAUCGACAAGGAGAUCGCAAAGGUCCAAUUCUGA